UCACACUCACACGGGCUCCGUAUCUGCACUGGCUUGACGAAUUAAAACGCGAGCCAGCCAGCGAGAGAGAGACCGGGAGAGAGAGGGGGGACGAGACAGAGAGAGAAGCUUGCAGACAGCGCUCGCUCUUUUCCUAAAGGAAGGAUUUUGCAUCCCAAGUGCUCACUGGUUGUGAUGAUGCUUCACUUAGCGGGCUCAGAAUGAGCUAGAGACAGCAGAUAGGGGAGAAACUAAAGGCAGAGCACAAAGCAUUACGAACCAACCCAAAACCAGGAACAGUUUUCUCCUCUAUUCUAGCAUGGUGGAUGUAUGGACAGUCUUACAGAGCAGAGGUUGACUUCUCCAAAUCUGCCAGCCCCACACCUCGAACACUACAGUGUUCUGCAUUGCACCAUGACCUUGGAUGUUCAAACGGUGGUCGUUUUUGCAGUGAUUGUGGUGCUAUUGCUUGUGAAUGUCAUACUCAUGUUCUUCCUGGGCACUCGUUAAAUGGAUUUUUUCUC